CUACCUGAGCGCCAGAAGAGAGGGGAGGGCUGUGGAAUAACUACAUCCAGCUGUAUUUAACAGUAACUCUUUAUAUGCGCUUUUAACUCAAACUCUUUAUAAGAUCUAGUAAUCAUAUAUAGAGAUGGCAUUGAGGGUAGGACUGGCUAUGAACCCGCCGCACACGACGGAAGAGAGGGCGGUUUUCACGCAGCUGAAGCCGGUGAGGAUGCCUGGAGCGGAGGGAGCUGAGGACGCGUCCGUGUUUGAGGACGUCAAACCUGAGAUUCGAUUAGAGCUGGACAAAUACCUCCCCCAGGGCAACAGUCCUCUCUUGAGCAACCUGAUUGACACUGUCGACAAGAAAUACAGACGAGAUAGCGCCUCUGUGAUCGACGACUACUUCUCAGACGACAAAACUGUCACCCCGUACAGCCUCAACAUCAACGUCAUCCUUCCCAACUCCACUCACCUCCGCACAGGCCUCUACCGGCCCAACACCAGGACUCUCACGCCGCAGCAGAUCAAGAUCGAGCCCGGGCUUGAGGUGCCCUGCUCCAUCCCCACCACCGCUAACAUCCAGGCCCUGCCGGACUUCACCUCUGUCUUCAGCAUGCCGCCUGUCGUCAACAACGUGUUCAUCAAACCAGACAUGAGCUCUGGAGUCGUGGUGAGUGUGCCCUCAGGGUCCCAGCAGCAUCAUCAGCAGCAGCAGCAGCAUCAGCAGCAGCAUCAGCAGCAGCAACAUUUAGACUCGGAGCUUCACAUCGGACCCCCGGCCCCCCAGUCACAUGUCUACCACAUGCCCAUCACCAGCUGUGCCGACCUCACCAUGACUCUGUCCCACGCCAGCCCGUCGGCACACGGCUCCACGAGUGGCAGGACCAUGCAGAACCUCUGCAACGCGACAGCCAACAGCAACUACAUGAUGGCAGAGCACCAGGUAGCGCAGCACCACGGUUACUACCACGCCUCACCGAGCAACUCCUCCCAUCACACAGCGCCCCACAGCCUGCCGCCCUCACCCCCAAACUCUCAGCCGGGGAGCCCAGACGGUCACGCAGAGCUGCUCAGGUUAGCGCCCCAACUUCCGCCUCCGUACCAGCAGCGCCUGGGAGGGAUGAAGGUGACGGGAUUGUCUCCACACGCCAUGCUGAUGACACACGGCCAGGGUGUCCUGACAGGUCCCAAAUACAACAGGCGGAACAACCCAGAGCUGGAGAAGAGGAGGAUCCACUUCUGUGAUUACCCAGGCUGCUCCAAAGUUUACACAAAGAGUUCUCAUCUGAAGGCACACCAAAGGACGCACACAGGUGAGAAGCCGUACCGUUGUACGUGGGAGAGCUGCGACUGGCGUUUCGCCCGAUCGGAUGAGCUCACCAGACACUACCGGAAACACACCGGAGCCAAACCCUUCAAGUGCAUCGCCUGCAGCCGCUGCUUCUCACGCUCCGACCACCUGGCCCUGCACAUGAAGCGUCACCAGAACUAACAUGGACGUACCCAGAACCGUCACAUCAUCACACCCAAACACAUGACAGCCACCUGAACUUAACAGACACAGAACCCAAAUCAUCCCUGUUUAUUCUGGUGCUCCAUGCUAACAGAUGUUGAGUGAUGCCGUCAUAUUACUGACAACCCUGAAGGGUUAAACCUGAAGUUACCUCGCUGACCCCAAAUCCUGCUUCGUAGUACAGGCCUCUGGUGUGUCAGAGGAGUCACCUGGUGCUUUACACCUUCCACAACCCAACAGGGAGGGGUCUCAGCAGUGGGAAUUGGAAGGAAAAAAAUGUAGUUUGGGCAGUUGGGAGCAAAACGGUCAUGGCUCGCUCUUUAACAUGCAAUAUUAUAUCUGAGGUAAUAACUGGUCGUCUGCUAUCAGUCAACACAUUGUUUGCUGAAGUCUUAACACCAGAGCUAAUGAUCUACCAGGACUCAGGGAUGAUUUUGGUGUCUGUUCUCAUCACUGAACAGAUGUUGAUUUAAAACAUGCACUGGUCCAACACGACAUGCAUUACUGCAAAUGUUGCAGUCAUCAGAAACUGUAGUGUCAGGCUCCUUCGACGCAUUUGGGACGUCCUGGAAUCUUCUCUUCUAAACAACAUGAACUAUUUGUUUUUCGACAAAUCUGCCGCCAACAUCAUCAUCAUCAUCAUCAUCAUCACCACCACGCUCACCGGCUUUUAUCAUUUUGAGAUAUGAACUUUCAAGGAGAGGUGGAGAUGUAUGUCCCUCCAACUGCCUUUGUACAUACUUGUUUAUAUUUGUGUGCAUAUGUGUGCGAAUACAACGAAUGUAUUGAGAUUUAUACUUGACAACCUACAUCAAAUGUUAAUAUGAGUAAUAUGUUGAAACUUCCUUGCGAUAUAAUCUCAUUCUCAUAAUAAAAAAAAAGAAAAAGAAUAAACAAAUAAUCAACAGACACAAUCAGAGAACUCUCCAUGGAAAAGUUAAUAAUCGCCUAGUUCUGCUUGUUUCAGCACAGGUAAUACCUGUUGAGCUCAGAGAGCAGAGCGAUUCGCCAAUGUUUGUAUCCAAGACAUUACCCGUUGCCGCGGCGACCGAGCUCCUCUGACGACAGCUUGCGGUUUGCUCACAGUUUUCUAUUCAGCGCCGUUUUGUUUUGUUUUUUCACCUCCUGUAUUUGUUCAACACUUCAACUGGAGAAAGACAGAGAUGGGUGGAUAGACCUGUUAUGUAAUCGUUUAUGAUGUACAGUGCGGCUGGUACAUUACACUCUCACGGAGUGCAGAGCCGGGCCUGUUCACUUCAUGUUCACUUGAUUGCAUGACGUUCGUUGGCACUUGUGGCUCCUGCAUUCUUUUGAGGGUUUUAAAAAAAAAGUCGAGAUGCCCUUUGCAUUUUUUUUUGUACACUUGCCAACAACAGGAAUUACAAGAGGAAGAAAAAAUGUUGCACUGUACAACUCAAGAGUUUGAUUCCACCAUCGUUCCACCCUCAGCCACCUUUUCUCUUUUAGAAAGUUAAAAUAAAAGAAACUACAACAUCAGCACGAAGAGACAGUUUGAAGACAGAAUUGAUUUGUAAAUCUAAACCUUCCCGGUAUGAGAUUACUCAUUAUGUUAGGCGAGCUACUUCAUAAUUUACUUCUGCAGAAAAAUCAAUGCAAACAUGACAGCUUUCCAGUUUGUGCAACACGCUCUCACUCCCAACUCGUCAAAUACCGUCGCCUGGACAGUGCUCCUCGGCAUCGGAGACUGGUGCACAGGGAACCCCUCUUGCUUACUUUUGGACGGACCAGGGAGGGUGUCAUGCAAUACCAAUGAGUCACGUGACUAACCACAGACGUGACCAACUUUUGCUUUUUACUUUUAGUUUCCAGUGGAGCCUGUAUAAUGAUCAAUAGUCUACAAAAAUCCAGAGAGCUCUGGUGAAUAUGGUUUAAUAUUUUAUUGUGAACCACUCAUUUUAUCAGUUACUGCCCACACCUGAUCUCACCUUUUCUUCACUGUUUCUAGCACUUUGCAAAAAGUGUGUGUGUUAGUAAUGUCAUGUCUAGAAAUUUGUCCAACAUGUGUUCAUUUGGGGGAAACACAUCCUGUAAUUUCAACACUUUCUUCCCAAGGAAUCAAGUUCUCUCGAGGAAUGAGCGCCGACCACGACCCCCCGUGUACAUAACUGUAGUUUUAGUUUCAACAGAAGACUUUGUAAAUAUUUGUUUGGUUUUAUUUCAUAUUAUAAUAUUAAUAUUUUUUUCUUUUCUUUUUUUUUAACUAAUGGGAUUUUAGAUCGGUUGUAUGUGAAUGCUUGUUUAAUUUUGUUUUGAUACUUGUGUGUCAGAGAAUUUAUCAGUUUCUGUACAAAUUGAUAAGAACAACAAUGAUGUAUUUUUUUUGUUUGUUUGUUUGUGCACGAUGCUGCAAUGAAAUAAUAAAAGGAUCCAUAAAAUAAUA